AUGGCUCGCCUCUGGUCCACCAUUCUCCUCGCGGCGGCCUCGCUCGCCAUGGUCUCGGCCACCGACGAGCCGCAGUACAAGUUCGAGGGCAACGACGCGAUCAACAACGUCGCGGGCAACGCCGUGGCCGCGAACCCGGCCGCGAACCCCAAUCUCCCCGGCGGCUGGUACGACCCGGAAGAGUGCUACGGCAACUACUGCGUGUACGCGAGCCACCGGGCCGCCAACGGCCGCGGUGUCGUGGCCGUGACGACGUCAGCCAGCUUCGAGAAGCUCAAGAGGAUGGACAAGUCGCUGGGCGUCCCCGUCCCCAACGAAAAGGAGGCCGUGGACCCGCCCCUCUACGAGAUCAAGGAGGUGCCCGGCCGCGGGAAAGUCCUCGUCGCCAACACCACCAUCAAGCGCGGCACCAAGAUCGUGGUGAGCCAGCCCGCGCUCGUGGUGCACCGCAAGUUCAUGGACGACGAGGAGGUCGACGACGAGGACCAGGAGCGGCUGCUCAAGAUCGCCGUGGACUUGCUGCCCGAGGAUACGCGCAAGCACCUCCUCGCCCGUUUGGUGCCGCAGGGCGAGGCCAAGACCCUCAUGGAGCUUAUUCGCAGCCGACCGUUUGAGGAUAACUUGGGCCUGAACUGGGCGGGGCCCGAGGGCUACGACAACGAGAAGAACUUGUUUGCGUACCCGGAGCUGGAGCACAUUCCGCACCACUGCCAGCCCAACGCGGCCUUCCACAUCGACAUGGCCUACGUGCACCACACCACGGCCGUGCGCAAGAUCGAGGCGGGCGAGGAGAUCAACAUCUCCUACUUUAGCCCCAUGAUGCUGCGCGCCGACCGCCAGGCCCGCGUCGAGGAGUGGCUCGGCAAGCCCUGCACCUGCUCGCGCUGCACGGGCCACGGCGACCUCGGCAACAUUGCCAAGUCGGACGCGAACCUCAUGGAGAUCGAAGCCAUUGAGAAGAAGCUGAGGGACUAUGAGAGCAAGGAUGUUACGACGGCGAUGCUGUCCCGACUGCUCGCGCUCUACGAGGCCGAGGGCCUCAAGUCGAGGUACUCGGACAUGUACGAGCUCCUCGCCAUCAACUACAACGCCCUCGGCUAUAACAAGAAGGCUAUAAAGUAUGCCAACCUAGCGGUCCAGGCGGGCAUCAUCGAGGAUGGUCCCGACUCCAACGACGUCAUCGCCAUGAGGAUUCUCGCCAAGAGUGGGCUCGAGCACUACUCCUGGAAGAUGAGGAUAAAGAACCAGAGGUUGGCGUAG